AUGAGCUUUAAUCGAGGAGUAUCAUUUACAAGGAACAGGAUAGGAUUUAUCAUACGAAGACAGCAUACUCUACCGCAUAUACAACAAAGGAAACGGGUCAAUCAAGAAUUUGAUUUCGAUUUUAUAAAGACAGAGGAUAGAUCAAGAGCAGAAAUUUUGAAAAAAUAUUUACCACAAGAUCAAGUUGCGAGCCACCUUGAAGAAGAUGACUCACUAAAAUUUGAAGAAAGAUCCCCAUUUAGGAAUACUGAUGGUACAUUAAUCAAAGGUCACAAUGCUUUGGAAGCUAGGCUCGAUGAUCGUACUCUACAAGGAAGAGUUGACCACUCUGUUACAAUCUUACCACCUGAAAUUGCCAAAACAAUUCAGAACAACAUUUUGAGUACCACAAUACCGGCAAAGCUAAGAGAACGUGUGGUCUCGGUGUAUCAGAACUUGCAAAAGAACCAGAUUCAGCAAGCACCACUGAGUGAGCUUGAUUGUAAUGCACAUAUUGCAGCACUUUUCUUACAAGAUUAUAGCCAUGUUAAACAAGUGAUUGGUGAAUUAAGGCAAAGGGUUGGUCAUAGCAAGUUCAAUCCAAGGAGAGUAUUGGAUAUUGGUUAUGGGCCAGCAACAGGUAUUGUGGCACUAAAUGAAAUUAUGGGGCAGGAUUGGGUUCCCGAAGAGAAAGACGCCUACAUAGUUGGAAGGAGGAAUAACGAAAUGAAAAAAAGGGCCAAAAUAAUAUUAUCAAGGCAAGUAAAUGAAAAUUUAAGAAACGUGGAAACCAACGAGCAACCAACUGAGGAGAAGGAGUAUGUGGGACCAAUCGAUGCGAAGAAGAUUGAAAUUCGAACUAAGUUAAGGGAUAGUAUGCCGGUGACAAAGAAUUAUGACCUAAUCAUUGUUCAUCACUCAUUGUUAACCAGAGAGUACAAUUUUCCCAAUGACGUUGAUGAGAAUAUGAGAAUGAUCUUAAGAUUACUUGCACCAAAGGGACAUUUGGUUUUGGUUGAGCGAGGAAACUCUGUCGGAUUCGAGACUAUUGCAAGAGCAAGACAGUUGAUGAUACGCCCAGAGAAUUUCCCACAUGAAUUGGGUAAAAUUCCUCGACCAUACCUCAAAGGAUCAAGUGGUAAACCACAACACUUGAAAAAAGAGGAUAACAUGAUUAGUGAAGAAGAUAUUGAAUUUGAAAAAGAAAUGUUGGCUCAGUUGGAUUUAGAGGAGGCUAGAGAGCAAGGUCUCAAUUUGGAAAGUGAAUUGGAUGAGAAAUUUGGCAAAAUCGACCAUAAUGAGUUGAAAUUUGACGAAGAGAAUGAUCCUGAUUUUGACGUGCUUGAUGUUGAGGCAUCUUCGAGCGAAUCUUCUUUUGAUAAAAUAGAUUACCAUCUAAAAGUUAUUGCACCAUGUCCUCACCAUAGAAAGUGUCCUUUGCAAUUGGGGGAUCCAAAGUAUUAUAAAAUUCCAUCACACAAACACAGGUUAAAUUUCUGUUCGUUUUCCAAAAUAGUUGAAAGGCCCAACUAUACAAUGGAAUUGAAAAAGGGUAAGAAAUUGGCUGUAAAAUGGGAUAAGAAUUCAAUUGAUGGAAUUGGGACCCUUAGUCGGGGUGAAUUAAAAAAACUUGGUGGUAAAGGUAGACCGGGUGGUAGGGAUACUGAAGAUGGUUCUUAUUCUUAUUUAAUUGUUGAAAGAAGCGACAACAACGAGGAAUCGAUUUCGCAUAUCAACAAUUUACGUGAUUUUAGUAAUCAUGACAAUUCACCAAUAGAUCAAGAUGAUAUCAACAACUGGCCUAGAAUUAUUAGAACUCCUGAUAAACUUAAAAAGAAUGUUAAAUUAACCGUUUGUUCUAAUGAAGGAGAUGUGGAAACGUGGCAAAUUCCUCGGUCAUUGGGUAAACAAGCUUAUCAUGAUGCAAGAAAAGUUCAAUUGGGUGACUUGUGGGCAUUGGAUAAAAAGACGAAUAUUAAGAAGCAGCCAAUAUCAAAUGAAAUCAAAUCCAAGUUGGACGCAUUAUACAAGAGUCAUAAAAAGACAUUCAAAAAGGAGCAACAACGUAAGAUUUGGAAGAAGAAGGUUGGAGUUAGUGAAAGUGAAUUUGAUGAUGGAUUUUUAGCAACAGAAAUGAUGGCAAGUAAAUUGGAAAAUAGUCGAUCUUAUAAAAAACGAGGCAGACAAUUGGAUAUCAAUCCGGAUGAAUAUGAAGGGAAGUGA